AUGGAUCUCUGGCCAUCGAUUCUCGAUGCUGAUCAACCACAUCAUACAACAUCAAUUGCCAACUCGUUUUUCAUGACUUUUUAUGUUGGCGAAUCACCAUUUGGUCUUUAUGCUGUUGAUGCUUUGGUUGACCAUCAAACUAUAACAUAUUCACCAAAAUUGUUGGGACCACCACUAUUAGAAGGUCCCGCGCCGAUUGCGUUGAGUGAUGCUGAAAAAGAGCAAUAUUUGCCGCCGAAACGGCCGAUUGUUCGGAAUAUUCCAUCGAUUACGCAUAAGACUUUGGAUGGCGAAUUUUUGCUUUUAGGUGAGACGAGUUUUUCUUCAAAAAUCACUCUUGGAUUUUUGUUGUGUUAUGUUUUGUAGUGAUAUGCGAUAUCUGAAACUAUGAUAUCGGAUUACUAAACAUACGAGAAUGAACAUUGAACUAUUUGAGAAAGUGUGCCAGACUUGCAUUUUUCGAUUCUCUUUGAAAAGGCCUGAAGACUUAGGCUUUGAAGCUUAUUGAAUUAUGUUUUUUGAAACUUCAGAAUUGUUUGGGAAGAAUGUGCCAAGUGAAUUUUCGGGUUGAAAGUUCUGGAAUUUUGCAAAACACGUGAAAAAAAUUGAUUUUCAAAUUCCAGGCUACCACGAGACUCCGCAAAUGACGUUGACCUCAAUCAUUCCAACCCGAUUCCCGAAUUAUGGACAUAAUCAAUAUUCGAUAGGAUAUAAUAAUGAUAUUCGAAGAUUACCUGGACCAGAUCGAGGAUUGGAACAUCGUAAAAAGCAGAAAAUCGAAAAUGAUGAAGAUGACAGUUCGCUGGGCGAAAUUGUUUGGCAAAUCUAUGUGAAACACACCAGACAAUUCUAUGGUGCAAUAAUUAGUAUCGGAAUUCUGAUUGUUUCGGUGGUUUGGAUGUGUGGAAGACAAUGGGGACAAUUGAGUCAACAAAAUAAUUCGAAUAUGGGAACUGGAGAAAUAGCGGGAGAGACGAGGAGUGCGCAGACAUCUAGACAAUCGAAUGGUGGAAAUAAGCCGAGUUGGAGUUGGGUUAGCAAGAAAAUUGAGAUUCCUGAUGGUUGGAUGGCGGUUGGAAGUAAAUUGAUUUAUAAUCCCACGGAUAUUUUGGGAACUGGAUGUGAAGGAACUGUUGUUUAUAAAGGAACAUUUGAUGGAAGAGAUGUUGCGGUCAAAAGAGUUGUUUCAAAAUUUGUCAAAUUUGCGCAUCGAGAAGCGGAUUUGUUAAGAGAAAGUGAUGCGCAUCCACAUGUUAUUCGAUAUUUUUGCAUGGAAUCUGAUAGUCAAUUUCGAUAUUUGGCAUUGGAAUUGUGUGUUGCGUCUCUCAAUGAUUUUGUUGAGCAAGAAGAUGUUAGAAAGAAUGUGAAUUUGGAGAUUGAUGAGAUUUUGAGGCAGGCGACAGCUGGAUUGACGCAUUUGCAUGCGAGUAAAAUUGUGCAUCGCGAUAUUAAACCGCAGAAUAUUUUGAUAACUAUGCCGAAUCAACGGGGUGAUAUGCGAAUUGUUAUUUCGGAUUUUGGAUUGUGUAAAAGAGUGCAACCUGGUCGCAAUUCUUUAUCCCGUGGAGUCGCAUCUGGCUUGGCUGGAACUGAAGGUUGGAUUGCUCCAGAAGUGUUGAUCUCUGAAUCCACGUCAUAUCCAGUGGAUAUCUUCUCGCUUGGAUGCAUAUUUUACUAUGUUCUCAGCCGUGGAACACAUCCAUUUGGAAAAAGUUUGCAUCGACAGACGAAUAUUGUAAAUGGGCAUUAUUCGCUGGAAAAGAUUCAGGAAUCACAUUUGGCUAUUGCUCUGAUUGAGACAAUGUUGGAUUUGGAACCGAAUCAAAGACCGUCGGCGCAAGAUGUCGAAAAUCAUCCGUAUUUUUGGAAUGCUGAAACAAAGCUGGCCUUUUUUUCGGUAAGGGAUUUUUGUAGUUUGUUGAGAAAUUCCCUGAUUUUCAGGAUGUAUCUGAUCGUGUUGAAAAAGAAGAAGAUGGCAGUCCGGUUGUUCGACGACUUGAAACAAAUGCUCGACUUAUUGUAAAUGGUGGUUGGAGAGAACAAAUUUGUGAAGCCUUGAAAGAAGAUCUACGGAAAUUCCGGACUUAUAAAUCAUUUUCGGUUCGAGAUCUUUUGAGAGCGAUGCGAAAUAAAAAACAUCAUUAUCGAGAAUUGCCGGAUGAUGUUAGAAAAUCACUUGGUGAUAUUCCGGAUCAGUUUUUGGAGUAUUUUACAAGCAGGUUUCCAAAGGUAGGGUUUUUUAGUUAAUUUGUUGAUAUAAAAAUUACCGAAAAAAUAAUAAUUGAUCAAUGUAAUUAUUUUGAAACAGUGAGAAAUUGUUUGGCUUGGGAAAAUUCACUGUUUCAAAAAAUUUUCAUUUUAGAAAUUUUGAAUUGUUUUCGAUAGUUCAAUUUUUUUUAGUACUUACUACAGAAAAAUUUAAAAAGUGUCGAAAAGCAAUUUUGUUUAGAAAAAAAAUUCACUGUUUCAAAAAAUUUUCAUUUUAGAAAUUUUGAAUUGUUUUCGAUAGUUCAAUUUUUUUUAGUACUUACUACAGAAAAAUUUAAAAAGUGUCGAAAAACAAUUUUGUUUCGAAAAAAAAUUCACUGUUUCAAAAAAUUAUUAUUUACAAUAUUUUAUAGUUUUUUUGAUUUUGGUUCCUUUCAUCGAAUUAAGAAGAUUUCUCUCAUUUUACGAAAACCUACUGUUUCAGUGAUAUUUUAUCAAAACUAAGCCUGACAUCGGAAUGAUGCAUUGAAAAUUCAAUUUCAUUUUGUUUUGAAAAAUCUACUGUUUCAAGAAUAUUCUAUGAAAUUCCAGUUUCAAUUAAAAAUUAUUGAAGACACAUUCUAUUCAGAAUUUAUUUAAUUUUUUUCUGAAAAGUUGACUGUUUCAAAAAUGUUUUAUUUUCGAAGGUUUGAUCGAAAUGUAUUACUUUCCGUUUUAAUUUUUGAUUCUAUUUUUUUUCACAAUAUUAAAAAUUCUUUCUGAUUCAAAACUAUAUAUUUUGCAGCUUCUUCUUCAUGUAUAUAACGCAGUCGAAUAUUGUUCAUCUGAACCAGUUUUCCGGCGAUAUUAUUCCGAUGAAACUAGACAACGAAUGGCUCCAAUUGUAGAAGAAGAAGAAAGAAUUAGGAAAAAUAUAAAAGCUCAAAUGGAAAAUGAAGUUUGGGCUCGACAACCAAAAACUACACCUCAGAGAAUGUUAAUAGCAAAUCGAGUUCAAGAUUUUUCUUCAGCUUCAGCUUCUUCUCCAGCUGGACCUGGAGAAUGGCAAAAAGUUGAUCCACCAAAGAAAAAAUCGAAGGAAACAUCAUUAGAAACCUAUUUUUGUGUGAUUUCAGUUGGCGGAGAAUUAUUGAUGGCAUUUGACUUAACUCUCCUUAUAUUUUGCUCAAGCUCCGCCCACUUUUCUGACACAUCCCCCCACUUUUUUUUCUUAUUUCAUGUUUUAAAUUGAAACCGGUCUUUGGCUUUUGUUUUGUAUAAUAGAUCUCUUCUGGUCCUGUUUUUUUUCUCUUCGUUGUUGUUUUAACCAAAUUUGUGAUUUUCGGGAAGUUCUUCAUGUAGUUUUAUUUUUCUUGUUUUUUUUGAUGAUAAUAAUAUUCAUGUUUACAGGUUUUUGUGAAUAUUUUUGACUUGGGUGAUUUUUUUCUUUUGAUUUAUAAAGUCAUUCUUAUAUUUGAUCUUUAGAGUGAAAUUAUGAAAAUUAGAAGGAUCUUGAAUUCCUCGGAAAUUAUUUUUGAAAAUAAAAAAAAAUUCAGAGAAGAAAGUUCACGUUGUAAUUUUCAAAUUGAACAUUUCACGUGAUAUUGAUUUUGAAGCAAAAUUAAAAAUUAGAACUUUUUGGAAAACUAAAAAAAAUUUAUUCAACAUUUUUCUCUGACAAUUUUAAAAUCAGCUCAGAAAAUAUUCACAAAUCUCUAGCCAAUCUUCCACACGGAUAAUAUUUAAAAUCGGUGAAACAUUCAACAUCAUCAAAAGUGUUAGCACUCUGUGCACUAUUUGUCGAAUCAAUCGCAAUACAUUGUUGACAAAUAUUCACUGGCCUACAAGCGCCAUCCGGGUUAUCAACACUCCAUUGAUAAUAAUACUGUGUCAAAUAUUUGUCAUAAAAUGUGUAGGAUUCAGGAAAUCCGACGUCUUUGCUUCACUGGUCCUGGGAGGUUGACCAAAAAUUGACCAAAUUUUGGCCAAAAACGAAAAUUGGUCGAAUUUUGACCAAAAAUUGAUCAAAAAUAUUUAUUGGCCAAAAUAUUGUCAGAAAUUGGCCAAAAAAUUGGUCGAAAUUUGGCCAAAAAUCAGUGAAAAUUUUAAUUGUGAAAAAUUUCGAAAAUCUUAAUGUUGUUGGGCAGACAUGUCGUUUUGCGGCUUUUGGUGAAGUUAGGUUGAUGAAUUUCGUUGUUUUUCUACUGAUGAAUCAAUAAAUAGGAGUAAAAUACUUCGUUUGGUGAAUUUUGGCGCCACUCACACCAAUUUCACCAUUGACGCAAAUUUCAGCCCCAAAUCUUCAACUAAAAUCAGUUUUGACUUAUCUUGAAGCUAUUUUUACCAAGCAGAGACCUAUCUCGAAUCUAUCAGUUGUAUUGAUCGAUCCUUGAUUUAUCAAGAACAAGGGCUCAGAGAAAUCAGAAGUAUUGGGUUCAGGGGCAAUAAUUUCCAUUAUUUUUUGAAAGAAUAUUGUUGUGAUAGCCAUCAGCUUCGAAAGAAAUAACACCAGUGUUCCAAAAAUCGUGCAUUUUUUCCCAAAAACGUGAACUCAAAUACUUCCACACAUAGAGAUGAUUUUUAUAUCAUUUUACUCAGCGUGAAAUUCUGAAUCGAAUGGUGCAAACUAUUUAUCACCAAACACUACUAAUUGGUGCGCGAAAACAAUAGAUUAAAGGCGCACAUAUUUAUGCAAUGUGGUCCUGCAGCGAAAUGUGUGUGCGUACUUCUCUCGGACGAAAUGCACGCCACCAAAUUUUUCUUUUUUUUUUCGUUUUUUUGUGUGUUGCCCUACUUAUAGAGAAAUUGAUUGUUCACGACUGCUAAUAAGAUAUAAAGCUUGUUCCCCGACUAGGAUCUACCAGCAAGUUUUACCAGAACUUUGAAAUUCACAUAUUAAACUUGAAUUUAGGCCAAAAACAAAAAAUUGGUUUUCUUUGAGUUUUAGAUUUUUUUAUCAGAACGGGGCUGUUUCUCAAUUUGACAAGUUUCCAGCAACAUUUGCAUGAGUUUCUAUGUUACAAUCAGAAGUGUCUCAACAGCCGGUAGAUGGCCGUCGGGGUUUUAAAAUUCGAUUCUUAUCGAUCUUAUUUCGCAAUAUUGAUAUUUCUGCUGUUUUUAGAAACUACUAACCAAGAAAGAAUGACUACUGCUCUUGCUGAGACUACCAACACGACCGGAGAAACCACUGUUCCAUUUGAAAAUGUCAAGACCACCACUAAUGAAGAAGCAACUCGAGUCCAACUACUACUGAAACUUCCACCGCUGCCACCAAAGAGCUCACUGCCGAGGAAAAGUCAGUUUUUUCUUCUGAAGAAUUUUAAUCAAAGUUGGUUCUUAUUUCCAGGACUACAUAAUUGAAGAACAACUUGACAUCUAAAAGCGUCAUUUGUUGACAAGCGAAUUCAGCAUGGGUGCUGAUCUCUUGAGUUUGGCUUCUCAACUUGCGUAAGUUUUGAAAUUUUCAUACAUUUUCUAUUUCUAUGCAUUUCAGUGGUAAACUCUUCGGAGACGACAGCGAACAAUCAUUUGAACUUUACUUCUACUAUGGACAAGCCCUUUGGAUAACUUGAAGAUCAAGUUUUCUCAAAUGCCAUGACUAAUUGCCAACCGUAGAAGAAGGUGAUGCCAACAACGAUUCAAUCGACGAGGAACAAUAUGGUAAUCCGGAUAAAUUGUCAGAAAAAGGACGUGAGCGAAUCAAGGAACAAGUUGACAAUGCUCUUUCUGCUGGUGCAGAGAAAGCAGAAGUAUUUGUCGAAACUGAUGCAAUUUUUAUUGUUUGUAAGGUUCACAAACUGUUAGGAGUCUGCGAUUGCUCUAAAAUUGACUUUCUUAGGUCAAAAUUUACAUUCUUCCGAGCACAAGCCUCCAACUCUUUUCUCUAAUUAGCUAA